UUUUCAAACUAUAAAAAGAUGCUGUUUUGAAUUGAUACACGUCGUCUCCACUGUGUAUCUGGAAUGGAAUCAAUGUUCAAAGUUUAUAAUAAACAAAUAAAUUUCAAAGAAGUUGACCAGACUACCUAACGAUCACAUCGAUCGAAGAAGAAGACAAAACCCCACAAAAGAAAUUCCGACAAGAACAAAGCUUUUCUGUAAUAAUGGAGAUUUGAGGAAUAAUAAGAAGAAGAGAUUUGAAAAAUGGUGGAGGGUUGGCGAAAUGGGUUUCGAGAGGCGACGAAUUCGAAGCCUCUGUUCGUGACGAUCUACGCUACGGUGAUCAUCGGCGUUCUCGUCUCCUCCUUCUAUGUCUUCUCCGCUGUUUACUCUCCCACCAAUGGCUCCACCUCCUGGCUCUCUUCUCCUCCUCUCUCCACUGCAGGCCGUAUUCAUAAACUUUCGCAAGAGAAUGCAACGUCUCAGUCACUACCAGUUGCACUGCCACCGCCACCUCCGGAGGAAGAAGCUCAAGGCAAAUCAUCAUUGGGUAAAAUCUGGGUGUCUCCUCCUAAAGACAAGAAGAUGCCUCCGCUUGAAGCCUUUAAACUAACUAAAGAGCUGUUUGGGGAAAGAGUGAAGGACAAUGUGAUAAUAGUCACCUUUGGGAACUAUGCUUUCAUGGAUUUCAUCUUGACUUGGGUUAAACACUUGACUGAUUUAGAUCUCUCCAACAUUCUAGUUGGUGCGAUGGAUACAAAGUUACUAGAGGCUUUGUACUGGAAAGGAGUUCCGGUUUUCGACAUGGGGAGCCAUAUGAGCACAGUUGAUGUAGGUUGGGGCUCCCCAACGUUUCACAAAAUGGGAAGAGAGAAAGUGAUUCUCAUUGAUUCUGUCUUGCCUUUUGGUUACGAGCUUCUAAUGUGUGACACUGACGUGGUCUGGCUUAAGAACCCUCUGCCUUACUUGGCUCGGUACCCUGAUGCUGAUGUUCUGACAUCAAGCGAUCAAGUUGUGCCUACGGUGGUAGACGACAGCUUGGAUAUAUGGCAACAAGUUAGCGGGGCAUACAACAUAGGAAUCUUCCAUUGGCGUCCAACAGAGUCUGCCAAAAAGCUGGCUAAGGAAUGGAAAGACAUUCUCAUAGCUGACGACAAGGUUUGGGAUCAAAACGGGUUCAAUGAGAUCGUUAGGAGACAGCUAGGUCCAUCAGUGGACGGUGACAGUGGACUCUUCUACGCUUAUGAUGGUAAUCUCAAGGUUGGGAUCUUGCCUGCUAGCAUCUUCUGCAGUGGUCACACUUACUUUGUUCAGGCUAUGUAUCAACAGCUCAGGCUAGAACCAUAUGCGUUGCAUACAACGUUUCAAUACGCAGGUACUGAAGGAAAACGCCAUAGGCUUCGUGAGGGGAUGGUUUUCUUUGACCCACCAGAGUAUUACGAUGCACCAGGAGGGUUCAUUUCGUUCAAACCGUCUAUUCCAAAGAGCAUGUUACUAGACGGGAAUCAUACCAUUGAGUCACAUUUUACACUCGCCAACCACCAAAUGAAACAGAUCAGAUCAGCAUUAGCUAUUGCGUCUCUACUAAACCGUACACUGGUGAUGCCACCAAUAUGGUGCAGGUUAGAUAGGCUUUGGUUUGGACAUCCUGGUACUCUUGAGGGAUCUAUGACACGGCAACCUUUCAUCUGCCCUCUUGAUCAUGUAUUUGAGGUUAAUAUCAUGCUAAAGGAGAUGCCUGAGGAAGAGUUUGGUCCUGGGAUUGGUAUCAGAGAAUAUUCUUUCCUAGAUAAUCCAUCAUUACCAAAACAAGUUAAAGAGUCAUGGCUUGAUGUUCAGCUUUGUCAAGGAUGCGAGGCAUCGAAUAUCACAAGCUCCUCUGGGGCUCUUAAGUUCCCAAAGCGGAGCAAUGAAGAUACGUUCAAGGCGAUUUUCUCUACCUUCAACGAUGUUAAAGUGAUCAAGUUCUCUUCAGUUGAAGAUGCUUUCACUGGGUUCUCCGACAAGGGGAGAGAAGAGAGAUUCAGAAGACGAGUAAUGAGAUAUGUGGGGAUAUGGUGUUGUGAGGAGAACAAGACUCCAGGACAUAUUUAUUACGACAUGUAUUGGGACGAGAAACCUGGUUGGAAACCGGUUCCUCCACAGACACCAGAAGAGGAUCAUCCUCCUCUUUGAUGAUACUAUGACCACUCGCAAGAGAAACUUUAAGAAGCAGAAGCUAUUCUCGGUUUCUUCGGUCACAAUAAGGAGACAUAGUUUUGUUUAUUCACUUCUUUUCUCACGACUUUUACUACUGUAAAACUGAAACUCAAAUGUAUAAUCAUGUUUUAACAAUAGGUUUGGACACAGAAAAUCAUUUUCUCAUA